AUGCCUCAUGUCCGUGGGUCUCCUGCAGACGGCACCAAGGAUACUAGGAGCAUCUUAGUAUGGACGAUAACGCACCCUACUCUAAGCUUAGAUAAAAGAUCAGGGUUGGCCAACACUCAACAGUCGACAGCUCAAGCUUUAAGCAGCCCGUCCACUAUGUUUCGUGGACUCAUCUUCCUUUGUGCCGUGUCAUGGGCAAGCAGUUUUAUCUUGAACGAUGUCUUGAAGGAUCUCGGUGACUGUGAUAACUACGACCAUAAAGACAGCCAUGAUGAUCACUGCCCAUUUUACACCCAUAUAACUCAGGUGUGCGGCUCGGAUGGGGUUACAUAUAAAGACUAUUGUGCUUUCAUGAGGGUCAGAUGUGCUUCCAAGCAUAAUCAGAUCCACAUGGCUGCGAGGCAUGCCUGCGACUCUACCACCACCCAAAACCAACACUCUGUCCAUGUGACCUCCACGCCCGACGCUAUGACCAAAACGAUGCCGGCCUCCACAGCAAUGCCCAAAACCAAAGAACCCACAACCGCCACUGUGACCUCGACACAACAACCCGUGACCUCCACCUUGAUGCCCGUGACCUCAACGAAUGGAGUAUCAGUAGAAAAUGUUCUAGAUUUCUUAUGCAUCGAGCUGUCUCGGGAGGACUGCGUGCCCGAACUGAAUCAAGUCUGUGGAUCUGAUGGGUUUACCUACCGCAAUUAUUGCGAGUUCCAAAAAAGCACGAUGCAUGCACAGAAAACUCAAGAUGGUGCAGAGCGGUUCCUGCUGAAUGUUGUAUUUGGAAGUAAACCUAUGACCAUGCCGUUAAUUGUGCAAACUACUCCCACCCGUAGUGUGUGUGUGUGA